CCGUGGACGUUACCGUAGAUAAUUAAAUCCCUCUCCACAGGUAACAAAGGCCUGCUCUUUUCGCUUGCUUCUCACGAAUCCGGCACUACAAUUUUUUAUGCUUUCUCAGAGGGAAAAGGAGUCGAGUACUGCAGAUGAACAAUUUUUCUCCGAGAGAAACAAAGUUUUUACUGUAAUCAGAAUUUUUUAGAGAGAGGGAGGGAUGAAGAUCACGGCGUUGCUGGUGUUGAGGUGCAAGCCGGAUGGAUCGGAUCCGAUAAUUCUCGCUAACGCAUCGGAUGUCUCGCAUUUCGGGUACUUCCAGCGCUCCAGCGUCAAAGAGUUCGUCGUCUUCGUUGGUCGGACCGUCGCCAAACGGACCCCGCCCAGCCAGCGCCAGUCCGUCCAACAUGAAGAGUACAAGGUGCAUGCUUACAAUAGCAAUGGCCUCUGUGCCGUGGGAUUUAUGGAUGAUCACUAUCCAGUUCGAAGCGCGUUUUCUGUUCUCAACCAGGUGCUAGAUGAGUAUCAGAAGAAUUUUGGUGACUCAUGGAAAGCAAUUCAAUCAGAUAGCACUCAACCAUGGCCUUACUUGAAUGAAUCUCUCGCCAAAUUUCAGGACCCUGCAGAGGCUGACAAGCUACUGAAAAUUCAGAGGGAAUUGGAUGAAACAAAAAUUAUUCUUCAUAAAACUAUUGACAGUGUUCUUGCUCGAGGGGAGAAGCUGGAUAGUUUAGUUGAGAAAAGUUCUGAUCUGAGUGCAGCAUCACAGAUGUUCUACAAGCAGGCAAAGAAAACCAAUCAGUGCUGUACUAUACUGUAAGCUUUUGCCCCGCGAUGUUGUACGAUCGUUCUAGAGUGGAACCCUGCAGGCUUGGCUCGAUUGACAAAAUGGUGAUGUAUAUGUUCAUAUCAAAUACCAAUUGUUUGAUUGGAAAUUUGUGUUUUGUUCCUUCUGGAUAUAUUUAACACUGAAUGUUCGACAAAAAGAUUUUCCUAUCACAAUCACUUCUGUACCGAAUGUUUAGAAUUGGGACUCUUAGUUUUCAUGUUUUCGGAUUGUACAAGACCA